CAUAUAGACGGAGGUAGACAAAUUUCUCAAGAUGUAACAACUAAUAUCUAGAGUUUUGAAUGGCAUCUGCCAACAUUAAGUAGGAUUCUGAGCCCUGCCCCCGCUCCCGAAACAGCUGUUGGACUUUAAAUUUUGGUACAUUAAUGUAGUUUUCCAAGCUGAAUUGCUGGAGAUAUUUCUCUUUUUCCAGGAAAGUUUUGAAAAAAAGUUAUAGAGGUUUAAAGUUGGAUCGUUUUCACUAAGUCAGGAAACAGGAUUUAGAAGCUGACAUUUUGUGUAUGAUGGCACAUCCUGACAACAUCCUGAAAAUGGCACUCAUGCUUUUAUAUGACACCAUAAACAAAUCAAUUACACACAACAUAUAACUGCUCAUAACCUUGUUUAGAAUUUUCAGACAAUUUUUGCCAAUGUGUAUUCUACACGAGAAUUUGUACGAUUAUAUGCAAAAAAAACCCAUUUUGGUGGUGCUUCCUUUAAGGCCUUUUUAGCACACCUGACAACCAACGCAAUGACAAAGAAACGACUAAACAACACAUAUUUUGUAGUUUUAAGCAUUCAAUAUGCAUUUAAUGUAAUAGACAGCACAUUACAAAUUAAAUAUUUUUUAAAAUAUGAAAUUUUAACACGAACUUCUUUACGCGUUCUUCCAGUGUGUCAUGAUUCCAACAUGGCACCACAUAAAGAAAAACUUGUCUGGUCUCGCAACACACUCCUCCAAAAAACCCACUGCUUAUGUAGGAUCCUUGCUCAGUUGUACUUACUUCUUGAAAAGACUGUUUCAUCAAUCUCAACAAUCGUUGCAGGACCACCAAUCUCAACUAGAUGACAGAGCAGGUCCUCUGCAUGUACUUCCCUAACAUAGCUGUUAUAGCCAAAAGCUGUGCAAUGGGCUCAUCCCCAGUUAUUCAACACAAAACCGGAUUGAAGUCAAUUCCUUACCCCAUGAGUAAAGGAAAAGCACAAGAGUCUUAAGAGGAAGGGUGCUACUUUCAAUCCAUGUGUCUUUCCUCACUGACACAGACUCCAUGCAUCCUUGAUGUGAGUAUCGGCAAUACAUAUUCCCACCAAGUUUUCUUGUACUCGUAAAAUGCUUCUCCAUUUUCCAUAAUUUUCUGUGGGGUAUAACACCCUUUUCUGGCAAAUACAAAACCACAUCUCCCUUUUGUGAUUUAAGGCCUAUUUGGUUGCUAUUUUUAGCUCACAUGACAACCACCUCAAUGACUGAAAUAUAUUUGUCAACACAUGCUUUCUCACAGACAAAAGAGUAGUCAUGUUUGGCUUGUUACUAUGGUAACACUAAUGUGUGGCUAAAUUAGAUGAAAUUACCGAAAAUUUUCAAGCCUUAUAACAACUUAUAUGUUGAUUUGUGGCGAAAAUGAUUUUCAUGGCAUUAAUUAGUAUAGAAAAGUAUAUCAUUAUACUGAAUAUGAAAUCAAUUCGAACAGAAAUUGAGACUGAAAAUUGGCAGCCAAACCGAAAAGAUCCGAAUUGCAAUCUACACCAUCUGAAAGGUGUUUGCAGAAAAUUUCAUUUAAAAAACAUUCGUUUUCUGGAAGUUAUGAGGAAAGUUUGGCGGCGGAAGGAAACAUUUGGGUAGAUAUGCCAGGUUUUCUCUAUAUGUGUUAGAAGUACAAUUUUAGAAAAGAGAAACCGACAUUCCCAGUCGAUCUGAAAAGCUACAGCAGCAGUUCACAAGCAACGAACUACAAGACGUCGACGACUGGUGUGAGCCGGUAACCUUCCACAAUACGCAUAUUCAACCGGAAGUUGAAUUCGGUCUUCAACCAGAAAGCCUAAUAUCAAGCUAAUAAUAUUUUGAUGUAUCAAUUGUGGAAGAAGCUUCCAUAUUUAUGGCCCGUGUUAUAUUUAUCAACAAUAUCUAUUUAUAUAUGUGUAUGGUAUAUACACAUGCACGCGCAGUGGAAGAAAAUUUUUCUUCAACAACACGACUAGCCUGACUUUCUAAUAAUACCUGUGAUUCAUACUAGAUAUAACAGUAUCUGCAUAAAAGAAUUUCUUUUUACUUUAAAUUCACCAUAAUUUAUCAUCUAAAGACUGGGAUUAUUGAAUUCUAAUUUUUUUCUACUUCACUGUCUCUAAUAUUUUCAGGAAUAAUUUGAAUACUUUAUUAUACUUGGACACUUUUUCCAAAGGAGUUUCUACCAUCUUCAGAAAUCAACAGAGAUUGAAGGAAAUCUCUUUCAGGAAUUAGUGAGAAACUAAAAGUUAUGGAUAAUACAUUAUGUGAAAAUCCAUUUACACUUCAGGCAUAGUCUGAAAACAUGAAUUUUGCAAAUGAAAUGCCAAAAGAGACAGGAAAAAAGUCAAAUGAGUGUGAUAUCUGUGGUAAAUCAUUUGCACGCAGAAACUAUUUAACUGCUCACAAACGUAUUCAUACAGGGGAGAAGCCACAUCAGUGUAAUAUUUGUGGUAAAUCAUUUAUUUCAACUGGUCACUUAACUACUCAUGUACGUACACAUACAGGAGAGAGGCCUUAUCACUGUGAUAUCUGUGGUAAAUCAUAUGCUCGUAGUAAUCAAUUAACUGUACAUAAAUACAUUCAUACAGGAGGGCAGCCAUUUCAUUGUGAUAUCUGUGGUAAAUCUAUGUCUUCAAAGAGUAAAUUAACAGUACACAAACGCUUUCAUACUGGAGAGAAACCAUUUCAUUGUGAUAUUUGUGGUAAAUCAUUCUCUAUUAGUAGUCACUUAACUACUCACAAAUAUAUGCAUACAGGAGAGAAGCCAUAUCACUGUGAUAUCUGUGGUAAAUCAUUCUCUGUAGGAAGUAACCUAAAUACUCACAAACGACUUCAUACAGGAGAAAAACCAUACCACUGUGAUAUCUGUGGGAAAACAUUAUCUGAUCAAGGCAACUUAAAUAGUCACAAACGUACUCAUACAGGAGAGAAACGAUACCUCUGUGAUAUUUGUGGUAAAUCAUUCUCUGAUAGUAGGUCUUUAACUGCACACAAACGCAGUCACACUGGAGAAAAGCCAUAUCACUGUGAAAUCUGUGGUAAAUCAUUUGCAACCACACGUACAGUAACUGUUCACCAACGUAUUCAUACAGGACACAAGUCGUAUUCAUGCGAUAUCUGUGGUAAGUCAUUUCUUCGCAGAGAAUCAUUAUUUAUUCACAAACGCAUACAUACAGGUGAGAAACCAUAUCACUGUGAUACCUGUGGUAAAUCAUUCACAGUAUCAACUACUUUGACUACACACAAAUGCAGACAUACAAGGGAGAAACCAUAUCACUGUGAUAUCUGUGGUAAAGCAUUUUCUCAAAAACGUCACUUCACUGCCCAUGCAUCUACUCAUACAGGUAAAUAACUGUGUCAAUGUAUAUUGUGCUGUAAAAAAUACCUAACCAUAAAUGUAUUCACAGAGGGAGUUAGAGCUAUCUUUCUAGACUAUAUAGUUCAUGUAACUACAUUUAAUAUCUACAUUCAUGAAAUGACUUCCCUGUUUGAUUAUGAUAAAGGUAUUGUUUCAGAAAAUAGUCAUAUGUAUAUUGUAGCUAACAUACAUGUCCCGAGAGAUGACAAUAUACAAUAUAUUUACUGGAUAUUGUGUAAGUAACUGAGAAAUGAAUUCUUAUAAAUCAUGAAUAACAUCACUGUACAGUUAAAUUAGAAAUAAAAUUAUGAACAAUAAAAGAAAAUUAUACCACAUUGGGAUGUAAGUAUGAUGUCUUAUAUAGAAUCUUUGUCUUUUAUGCAAUUAAUCAUGUCAACAUGUAAAUGAGAUUUUGGAUGAUGAUGAUGAUUAUUUCAGCAAAAUAAUAAUUAUGAAUAUUCAACAAAGAACUGAAACACAUGAAUCUAGGAUAAAAGUGUUGGGAUAAAAUAUUAGUGUCCUGUGUUGAUGUAGGGAGAUUUGGUUACUAUUUCUUGCAUAUUGUUGUUUCACUUUGAGGUCCAUCAUUUAUUGUGUGAGCUAAGAAUUGUCUGUCAGCUGUUUGCCAUGUAUCAACACAUACACACAGAAGAAGGAAAUGUAUUUAAAAAGUUUCAUAUGUCUGAAUGGAGUGAAGGAAGAGGCUUUGGGAAAAAAAGUAUUUGAAACAAAAUUUUUUGUUUUUUUGUCUGGAAUUGAAAUCGUCUGCACAUGGAAUUACAAAAUAAUGAAAUAAAGACUUGUGAGGUGACAGUGGGAAUUGAAA